AAAUUUACACUCGCCGCGUUUAGAUAUUGCUAAUAAAUGUUCCGCAGUUGUAUUAACUGCCAUUAUGGAUUUGUGCACCAAACCCAGUCUUCUAAAAGACGAGAUUCUUUUCUUUCGAGAAGUCCCAUGCUAACAUGUCCGAAGAUUAUUAUCAAAGCCAACCAGAUUAUGACGAGAGCAAGUUGCUCACAACUGAAGGAGAUGGUACUAUCAUUAAGUCAACAUGGACUGAAGUCAUUGACAAUUUUGACGAUAUGAACUUACAGGAAAACCUCCUCAGAGGUAUUUUUGCCUAUGGUUUUGAAAAACCUUCUGCCAUUCAGCAGAGAGCAAUUAUGCCAGCUAUUAAAGGUUAUGAUGUUAUUGCACAAGCUCAAUCUGGUACUGGUAAAACAGCCACUUUUUCUAUUGCAAUUUUACAAAAGUUGGAUCUAAGCAAUUUUAAUGCCCAAGCUCUUGUUCUGGCUCCUACACGUGAGUUAGCACAGCAGAUUCAAAAAGUAAUCAUGGCACUCGGUGAUUAUCAAAAAGUUAAGGUUCAUGGUUGCAUUGGUGGCACCGCUGUUCGUCAAGAUUUAGAUGUUUUAAAUGCUGGUGUACAUGUUGUUGUUGGUACUCCAGGUCGAGUAUUUGACAUGAUUAGCAGAGGUGCUCUGAAUACUGAUAGCCUAAAAAUGUUCAUUCUAGAUGAAGCUGAUGAGAUGUUAUCUCGUGGUUUUAAAGAUCAAAUUUAUGAUGUUUUUAGGAGACUUCCUUCUUCUAUUCAGGUUAUUCUCUUAUCAGCAACCAUGCCUGAUGAUGUGUUAGAAGUUACAAAAAGAUUUAUGAGAGAUCCUAUCAAUAUAUUGGUUAAAAAGGAGGAAUUGACCCUUGAGGGUAUCAAGCAAUUUUUUAUCAAUGUUGAAAAAGAGGAAUGGAAACUAGAAACACUUACUGAUUUGUAUGAUACAAUGACCAUUACGCAAGCUGUUAUUUUCUUAAAUACCCGGAGGAAAGUUGACUGGCUGAAAGAAAAAUUGAAUGAGAAGUUAUUUACUGUUUCAUCUAUGCAUGGUGAUAUGGAUCAGAGUGAACGUGACUUGAUUAUGAAAGAGUUUCGAUCAGGAUCUAGUCGUGUUUUGAUCACCACAGAUCUUUUGGCUCGAGGUAUUGAUGUUCAGCAAGUUUCGUUGGUUAUAAAUUAUGACUUGCCAACCAACAGAGAAAAUUAUAUUCACAGAAUUGGUCGCGGUGGUCGUUUUGGUAGGAAAGGUGUCGCUAUUAACUUUGUUAGUCAAGAAGAUGUUCGUGUCUUAAAGGAUAUCGAAACUUUUUAUAACACUAAAAUUGAAGAAAUGCCAAUGAAUGUUGCUGACCUAAUUUAAUUUUGGCAACAGUGUCUGAAUAAUCUGGUAAAAAGUGUUGCUAAUGAAGUGAAACUAUUUUGGUUAUUUGGACAACAACGUCAAGAUUACAAUUUGGCUGGUGAUAAACUGGUUUUGUCUUGCAUAAAUAAAACUUUUUUAAAAAAUAUCAGUGUCAAAGCACUAUAAACCGGCUUCGUCGAUAUAUAUAAUAUGUAUAUGAAAAAUUA